AGCGCCAUGCCCGGCGACCUCAUGGACUCGCGAAGAGAGCACCUGCUGAACAAGAAGACGGUCCGCAAGCUUGAUCUGAUACUGCUGCCUUUUCUUGCCCUGUUGUUCCUGUUCAACUCGCUCGACAAGUCCAACAUUGGCAAUGCCGAGUCCGCACACUUCACGUCCGACAUAGGGCUGGAGAAGGACGACGUCAAUACAGCUGUUGCCCUCUUCUUUGCCUUCUUCGUCAGCCUGCAGCCUCUCGGAGCCGCCUUGGGCCGGAAGUAUGGCAUGGUCCGCUGGGUCCCCUCUUGCAUGAUAGUAUGGGGUGUAUGUACGGCAUUACAUGUCUGGGUCCGGUCGAAGUGGCAGUUGUUCAUUCUGCGUAUCAUUAUUGGGGCGUGUGAGGCUGGCUUCUAUCCUGUCACCGUAGUCUACCUAUCCGUCUUUUAUACACGCUUCGAGUUCGCCCGCCGAUUGAGCCUGUUCUAUGGACAAGCAGCUGUGGGAGGCGCGCUAGGGGGGGUGCUCUCUUACCUCGUCUUCUCCCAGUUCGGCGACGAACAAACAAACCGGCCCGACGAUACCGGCGAGGAAGGUUGGAAGUCCUGGCAGGUGCUCUUCCUACUUGAAGGAUGCUCCACGGUCAUAAUAGCCUUCGCUGGCUACUUCUGGCUUCCACACAGCGCCAAGACUGCAUGGUUCUUGACGCCAGACGAACGAGAAUGGGCAGAACUACGCAUCCACCGUGACACCAUGGGUACAGACACCGUUCACCACUCCAAGGACGACCUAGAAGAAGACGAAGAGGAUGACGAAGAACGCCUCAACACCUCCGGAUCCGAGUCCCACGGCCUCCUGAACCCCACCGCUCCAACUUCCACAAAAGUCAUCACCGACGACCGCGGCAUAACCCCCCAUGACAUUCUCUCCGCCCUGACCUCCCCCAAAAUCUACCACAUUCUUAUCGUCAACAUCCUCUCCGCCAUUCCCGCCAUGGCCUUCCAAGUCUUCCUCCCCCUCGUGCUGGCCCCUCUGACCUCCUCCACCGACAACCCGAACGAACCCGGGAAAACGAAUCCAGCCCUCACAAACCUCCUCACCGCACCCCCCUACAUCUGCGGUGCCAUCACCCUCUUCGCCUUCGCCGCAUACUCCGACCGACACCGCAAGCGCCUCCCCCCAAUCCUCGCAGGCCUCUGCCUCCUCCUCUCCGGCCUCGUUCUCGUAGUUGCUAUGCCACAGACGAAAGCCUGGGCAAUCCCGCGCUACCUCUCCUUGAACGUGCUACUCAGCGGCACAUUCAUCGCCAGCCCGCUCACCGUGGCGUGGAUAUCGGGGAACACGCCAUCCCCCGGGAAACGCGCGGUGCUGCUCGGCAUCAACGGCUGGGGGAAUCUAGCAGGCGUCUUCUCCGCCCUUUUGUUUAGACCGAAGUACCAGAAGGAGGGGUAUAUCACGCCCUUCUGGUGGACGCUGGUUGCCGUCAGCGUUGCGGCGGCUGGGUACGUUCUUUUCUGGCUUAACCUGCGCCGGGAGAACGAGGCGCGGCAGGCGCUAGUGCGGAGCUGGGACGCUGAUGAUGUGGAAGCUGAGCGGCGGGAUGGAAGGGGUCCGGUUCGGCGGCAGAGGGGGUUUGCGUUGGGGCUGGCGAGGUUGUUGGCAGAGGUGAAGGGGUUCGCGGGGUUGACGGAGUGGGUCGAGAAGGCGAGUGAGGGCCGGGAGGGGGAUGAGAGGGUCACGUUUGUUUGGGGGUAUUAGAGUUUUGAUGGUAGGGUGGUUGUGGCGUUUUGGUGUUCUGGGUGGCUAUUUAUUAAGGCAUGACGAUACCCGUGGGAUGAUAUCCAAGUGUGAGGUUUAUGCAUUAUGGAUGGUUAUUGUUGCAGAGAAUGGGUGGAUGUGAUUUGUGUAGGUGACGCGUUCUGAACCUGCCGUUAUUAAUUUUCUUGCGCGUGCGUGAAUGGGGAUCGUGAGGACUGACAAUCUGACCAACGCUGAUGAGCC